CCUCGCGCUAGCGUCUACGUCACGCGGGGAGUGCGCUACCUGUCUUGCGCGUCCGGCACCACUUCCGGGCACUGGCGCGGCGUGACGUCAGGAGGAGGGCAGAUUGGCCACGUUGAGGGUGAGGACCAGUAGGCAGCUCCCAAGAUGGGUGAAAGGAAAGGUGUAAACAAGUACUACCCUCCCGACUUCAACCCUGAAAAGCAUGGCUCGCUCAACCGAUACCACAAGAGCCACCCGCUCCGGGAGCGGGCUCGGAAGCUGUCCCAGGGCAUUCUCAUCAUCAGAUUCGAGAUGCCGUAUAACAUCUGGUGUGAUGGCUGCAAGAACCACAUUGGCAUGGGUGUUCGUUACAACGCGGAAAAGAAGAAGGUUGGCAAUUACUACACGACCCCUGUCUACAGAUUCCGGAUGAAAUGCCACCUCUGCGUCAACUACAUCGAGAUGCAGACGGACCCUGCCAACUGUGACUAUGUGAUCGUGAGUGGUGCCCAGCGCAAGGAGGAGCGCUGGGACAUGGAGGACAAUGAGCAGGUGCUGACGACAGAGCAUGAGAAGAAGCAGAAGCUGGAGACAGAUGCCAUGUUCCGUCUGGAGCACGGGGAGGCCGACCGGAGCACACUCAAGAAGGCCCUCCCCACCCUGAGCCACAUCCAGGAGGCCCAGAGCGCCUGGAAGGAUGACUUCGCCCUCAACAGCAUGCUGCGGAAGAGGUUCCGGGAAAAGAAGAAAGCGCUGCAGGAGGAGGAGGAGAGGGACCAGGCACUGCAGGCCAAGGCGAGCCUGGCCAUCCCCCUGGUGCCUGAGACGGAGGAUGACCGCAGGCUGGCCGCCUUGCUCAAGUUCCACACGCUGGACUCAUAUGAGGACAAGCAGAAACUCAAGCGGACAGAGAUCAUCAGCCGCUCCUGGUUCCCCUCGACCUCGGGGCCCAGCAACUGCAGCAAAGCGGGCAGCGUCCUGAAGAAGCUGGCCCAGAACCGGAAGUCUGCACCCGCUGGCUCCCCCAUCACUGUGGGGGGGCUGGGCAUUGUGCGAAGGCAGUCCCGGGAGACCUCGGAGAGCCCACAGCAUGUCGCCAAGACCUCCAAGUCUGGGAAGCUACAGGGGUCAGAGGGCACCACCCAGGACUUGCCCGCAUCCCCCCAAGACUGCUCUCAGGAGACAGCCAAGACCCCCAAGACAAAGGAACCUCAAGGGCAGAAUGGGGGCUGUCAGGACAGGCCUCGGUCCUCACCAGGCACCUCCCAAGAGGCAGCCGACCCCCAGGACACACCACGCCCCUGCACCCUCAACUCUUCCCUCGUGGCUGACUACUCAGACUCGGAGAGUGAGUGAUUUCGGGGACUGGACCCCCUCUGGAGGCUGAGGCAUUCCCAGGAGAUCCCUCAGAGACUGCAGCCUCACUGGACCACCAGCCUCCGAGACCUCAAACAUCACCCCUUCCUCAGACCUCGCCUUCCUAGUGAUGGAAUUAUUUAUUUGGUCCCGAAGAGAGGGAGAGGGUGUGUGUGCCUUGUAGGACAUCCCCUCCCCGCAGACUUAUUAAAGCUCUGCUUCUUUG